ACCUCCUCCCGUAACGACGCCCACUGCGGCGUAUGCCCAGGUCACAGCAUAAAUCAGUAAGGCGACGGGCAUUAAAUUACGUCCCGCGCUACAAGAAAAGUUUUUCAGUAAAGAUUGGGACGGGAGAAUGAGUCCACCGUAGGGCAGCAUGCCGAAGAGCCAAUCAGCGACGGAAGAUGCGAGCGCGCUCCGCCGCGGUGCAAUUUAAGGGCGACCCCAUCGGCAGGUAUACGUAUAGCAGCGUCGACAUGACAAUGCUACCGAACUCGUCGGCGGGACGCGCCCAUGGCUCAGGGCAAAGCCGGAUUUGCGGUUAAUUAAGCCUUGUGCGCGCAGAUUGCCAAUCUCCCACGGGGCGACCAAUCAUACGGAUUAGACAGACGCAUCCCCCCCCCUCCCCCCACCUCGUCGCCGGGGCGCUGGGGCGCAUGUAACGCGAGCUAGCGUGCGUGAUCACCUAAUAUAAGAGGCACCGAUGCACGCGCUGUGCAGUCAACGCGCCGCAGAGACCAGCAAAGUCCUUCCGCGGGCCAUCAGUUAGCCCGUCCUUCGCUGGCCGUCGUCGUCGUCGUCAUGAUGGGUGGUGCCCUGGUGCCGGCUCGCCUGCGAUCUUCAUCGCUCGUGCUGGUGGCUCUGGCGCCACUGGUGGCUCUCGCGGCGGUAGUGGCACCCCCCGACUGGACCGCCGCCCUCGAGAACAUGGAGAGACGGGGCGGCAGUCUGAGCAACCCGAAGCUGCAGUCCUGGCCUCUGCUGUCGCUGAUGCCCCGCGAAGGGGCCCUGGAAUCCCUGCACCUUCGCUCGCGCCAGCGGCCCCACGCCGCCUCGUACAGCAUGGAAGGGGACGACGAUGGAGGGCUGGACUCGCAGGACGAGUCCCGCCGGGCAAAGCUCAGGGGAAAGGCCUGCUACUUCAAGAUCUGCCCUUUCAACACUCGAUCUUUGUAUAGCAGCGCCGGGGCGAAUAUGUAACUCAUACGCCGUUAUGAUUCUUGUCAUGGAAUAAAUCAGCUGCCGUGUGAUCACAGCACGUCACCGUGACACUUC